AUGUCUGCAGGCGUCAAGCGAGACCGAGACGGCAACGCGCGCGGCAAGGGGCAGGACCUGCCCCGAGGCAGGUUCCACUCCAUGUUUGAAGUCUUUCGCGACGAGCUGGACGAGCACCACGAUCGGAGGGAGAGAAUCGUCAAGGCAUCCAGGGACGUGACUGCCCAGAGCAAGAAGAUCAUCUUUGCUCUUCAGAGGGUCAAGCACCUCAACCAGGAGCUCCCGCCCCCGACAGCGCAGGACGUCGACACGCGGCUCGCGGAAAUCGCCCGGCUGUUGCAGUCCGUCGCCCCGGACGUCUCGUCCAUCAACCGGUACCGGUACGCGUGGAACCUGCGCUGCCUCGAGGAGCUCGUCGAGGCGCUCUCGCUGAUGCACUACCUGCGGCACCAGCGGCUGCUGACGCCGCAGGAGGCGCAGAGCGCCAUCCCCGACGUGACGCUCACGGCGCACGACUACCUGUACGGCGUGUUCGACCUGUUUGGCGAGCUGAUGCGGUUCGCGACGGUGACGACGGCGCAGCACGGCAGGAUGCUGGGCGGGGGCGGCGACGACGACGGGAGGACCAUCCUCGCCGACAUGCAGGAGCUGGGGUGUGCGUUUGAGCUGCUGCGCGAGGUGCCGACCAAGGAGUACAGGGACAAGAUGGAGGCGGCGAGGCAGAGCGUCGGCAAGGUAGAGAAGCUGGGCUACGGGCUCGCGGUGAGGGGCAGCGAGAGGCCGAGCGGGUGGGUGCCGGAUGUCAAGGACGAGAGGGGGGCCGCGUCGCCUCCGCGAGGGUAG